CGCCCCCCCCCCCACUCUCCUCUCUCACGCUAAAGUCAUUGGUCUCAAUGACCAUGGCCCAAAAUGUCGCCCGUCCUUGUUUUCCAAAGAAUUCUCUAGACCCGAGAAGAAAAGGCAACUGCAGGUGACUCGUCCUUAUUUAUUCCCUUCCAUUCCUCUCAUCAAUGGUUAGGAGUAUCCCUGACUAACAAACAAUUCUCUUUGGCCUCUAAUAGUUAAACACCCACCCUCCCCUUAAAUACCCUCUCUUCCUCAACCAUUGCAUGUCGUGAAUAACCCACUCGCUUUCUCCUUCUCCUUCUACUUUCUCCUCCUCCCCCCCUCCUCCUCAAUUCCUCUUUACCUUGGGUAACGGUACCAUGUCGAUCAUUGAUACCGCCAAAGAUCUCUCCGCUCUCUUCACACAACAGGUCCAGGCGACUCCUGAUGCCGUGGCACUAGAAGAUGACAAAAUUACAUACACAUAUACCGAACUAGAUCAAGAGGUGGAGGCCUUGACUCGUCGCCUGCGUGGCUACGGGGUUGGUCGUGACAGCCUCGUGGGGGUCCUACUACCGCGCAGUGCGGACUAUGUGGUUGCCUGCCUCGCUGCCCUUCGGGCUGGCGGUGCAUUCCUAGUUCUGGAGCUGGCUUAUCCGCCCGGUCUCUUGGCCGAUGUGAUCGAGGAUGGAAAGCCAACGGUCGUCAUCACAAAUCGGGCAGAGGUUGGCAAGAUCAAAGCCAGCGUCCCCGUCAUCAUUCAGGAUGAGCCAGCGCCAAAGGCCAAUGGGCAUGUGGCAGAGCCAUCCCCACUUCCGGCAGAUGACGACUUGGAUCGACUGGCAUUUGUGUCAUAUUCGUCGGGGACGACAGGCAAGCCUAAAGGUAUCGCAAACCCCCACCGGGCUGCCGUUCUCUCCUAUAAUCUGAGAUUCGGGAUAUCGGACCUCCAACCGGGAGAUCGGGUUGCUUGCAAUGUCUUCUUUGUUUGGGAAAUUUUGCGCCCUCUUCUGCGCGGAGCGACGGUGGUCGCUGUACCGGAUGAUGUUAGUUAUGACCCGGCGGCGCUCGUUGACCUGCUGGCGGCCAAGAAAGUCACGGAAACGCUGAUGACGCCCACCCUCUUGGCCACGGUUCUCGCUCGUCACCCCCACGUUGGCGACCGGUUGCCUGAUUUGCGAACCUUGUGGUUCAAUGGCGAGGUGGUAACGACUGAUCUAGCCCGUCGGGCGGGCAAUGCUUUCCCCCAAACGCGGCUGCUGAAUUGCUAUAGCGCAUGUGAAACCCAUGAGAUCGCCUGCGGGGAUAUUCGGGAGAUGCUGCAGCAGAUUGACGGCGAAGCAUUGUAUUGUCCCGUGGGACCACCGAUUGACCCAGAGAAUACGUACGUCCUGGACGAGUCACUGCAAAAGGUCGACGUUGGCAUGAGUGGAGAGCUCUUUUUGGCAGGUCCUCAACUCGCCCGCGGAUACCUUAAUCUUCCAGAGACAACGGCCAAGGCGUUCGUCACGAAUCCCUUCGAUUCUAAUACCGACUCGCGCUUGUACCGGACGGGAGAUAUUGCGCGACUGCUCCCGUCAGGCCUUCUUGAAAUUACGGGGCGUGUUGGGGCGAUGAUCAAGCUGCGUGGGUAUUCCGUGGUGCCGGCUAAAGUUGAAUAUGAAAUCGUGACCCAUUUGGCGGUCUCCCGUUGCGCGGUGGUGGCCUACGGGGAAGGCUUGGAACGACAGUUGGUGGCGUAUAUUGUGCCCGAACAUGAGAAGUCUGCCGAUCGCCCCAAGGUGGAGAUCAAUGAUUCCGGGCACAGCCCGGCGGCACGUCGCACUCUGGCUCCUCACUUGGCACAUUAUAUGAUUCCUGCUCUAUGGGUGGAGUUGGAGGAUUUGCCGACCCACGAAGUCACGGGUAAAGUCGACCUCAAGAACCUGCCGCCACCCCAGAGUCCCAAGUUGGUCAAUGGAGGGAACCAGCCGGUAAAAGACUCGAUUAGCCUGGAUGAGGUGGCGUCCAUCUGGGCAGCUGUCCUGAAAACGUCACGCACGCUUUUAAAGCCUAGUGAUAACUUCUUUGAUCUCGGUGGACACUCCUUGUCUCUGGCCGAUUUAUCCUCCAGGCUAUCUAGACAUUUCGGCUUCCGCGUUCCUAUCACCCGUCUCGCCGAGAACACCACCCUAACAGGCCAUUUGGAAACCGUCCGGGCGAUCAGGGAUGGGCACACUGCUGCUGUACAAGCAGAUCUCCCGGCCGUCUUACGGGCCGACUCUACCUUGGAUGAUGAUAUUACACCCUACAAGGUUACGGCUUCCUCCAUCAACACCGCGGAUACCGUGCUGUUGACUGGUGUGACCGGCUUCUUGGGAGCAUUUUUGCUUCAUGACCUGGUGGAGCACACGUCAGCUCGUAUCAUAUGCUUGGUGCGGUUCAACGAACCCGCCAAUGAUGACCAGCCCGGUGGUAUUGCACGUAUCCGCCGGAACCUCUUGGAUUUGGGAUUGUGGCGCGACUCAAUUAUGGAACGGGUCGAGAUUCUCCCGGGCAACCUUUCGCGAACUCGUUUUGGCCUGUCCCCAAAUACUUUCGACGAGCUCGCAAGCCGCGUCCAAGUCAUUGUCCACGCGGCGGCGACUGUGAACCUGGUAUACCCAUACGCGGCGUUGCGCGGCCCGAAUGUCGGUGGCACCCGAGAAGUGCUCCGCCUGGCUUGUAGGGGAGGCGCGACCGUGCAAUACGUCUCCACGAACGGAGUGUUGCCUUCCUCGGGAGAGACUGGCUGGCCGGAGGAUGCCCUCUUGGACGUGGAACAAGUUCCGGAGAAGCUGCUGGAUGGGUAUGGGCAGACGAAGUGGGUAGCUGAGCAGCUCGUCCUCGAGGCCGGUCGUCGCGGGCUGCCGGUGAAAAUCCACCGAGCCGGCACCAUCAGUGGCCAUAGCUCGACUGGUGCUGCCAACGCAUGGGACCUUCUCACGGCCCUAAUUGUCGAGUCAAUUCAUCUCGGAUAUGCCCCUAACGUGGACGGGUGGCGCGCGGAAAUGACCCCAGUGGACUUCGUCAGCAAGGCCAUUGUCCACCUAGCCACUCAGAAUCAGGCUGACCAAACGGUCUUCCACCUGGGUGACCCGAAUCCGCUCAGCAUGAACUCCGUCUUCGAGGCGCUUCGCGAGCUUGGGUAUCCCACCCAACCCCUUGGCUGGGAUGAGUGGGUGGGCAUGUGGACUCAAAAAAGAGGCCCCGUGAAAGGCGGCGACGGCGCAUUCACGGUCGAUAUCCUCCGUAGUGGCAUGCCCACCGUUGACUUCCUCCGGGGCAUCGUUGUGCUCGAUAACGCCGCGACCCAGCCGUUCUUGGCAGACCUUGAACGGCCCCAGGUGGGCCGGGCUUUACUCGAAACCUACACACGUCAUUGGUUCGCCCGAGGCUGGCUGACCCGGCCUCCCUCCCGGCAACAUGCUCUGGCGGGCUCACCAAAGCCUAGAGGUCCGCUCAGCGGGAAAGUGGCCGUGGUUACCGGUGCAUCUUCUGGCAUUGGCGCUGCGGUGGCCGUGGCUCUGGCUCGAGAAGGCUGCAACGUCGCCCUGGCCGCCCGGCGCGUGGACGCACUCGAAUCGGUCAAGGGUCGUAUCACAGCUCACGGAGUGAAGGUGAUCGCACACCCGACCGAUGUCACGAACCGUGAGCAAGUCGAAGCCCUUCUUCGUGCGGCGAGUGAGGAGCUGGGUCCCGUUGACAUCCUGGUUUCGUGUGCUGGCGUCAUGUACUUUACCAUGAUGGCGAAUGUGAAGACCGAUGAGUGGGAACGCACGGUCGACGUCAAUUGCAAGGGUCUCUUGCACUGCCUGUCUGCCACUGUACCGGGCAUGCUCUCACGGAGCCGCGGCCAUAUUGUUGCCAUCUCUUCUGAUGCUGGCCGCAAGGUCUUCCCUGGUCUUGGCGUCUACUCCGCCAGCAAGUUCUUCGUUGAGGCCACGCUCCAGUCCCUGCGGCUGGAAACAGCGGGCACCGGCUUGCGCGUGACCAGUAUUCAACCCGGCAACACGUCUACGCCCCUUCUAAAUAUGUCCACGGACACAGAGGCUGUGAAGAAGUACGGAGAGCCAUCCGGAGCUAAGAUCCUCGAUCCAGAAGAUAUCGCGAAUUCGAUCGUGUACGCCCUGCGUCAGCCCGAACAUGUCUCGGUGAAUGAAGUCCUUGUUGAGCCGCGGGAUGAGCCAAUUUAGACCUUUCCAGUUGGUCUCGGCCCCAUCAUUUUGAGCGUCACGGAAAGUAUUUAAUCUUUUUCUUUUGAUUUCUUCUUUCGGGGUACAUAUAGGGAGGAUAGACAUGUUAUACCAAGGAUUUUAUGAUAUCAGAUAAAUAGAGUUGCAGUGCUAUAUCAAAUUGUCGAAGAUCUUCGUCCAUAUUAA